AUGAAAACCAGCGUUAAUCAACCGACAGAAGAUGAUCUCGAGUACUACAUCGGAUUUAACUUAAAGUUGCUGUCUUCAAUAGGCUUAAAAUGUAGUUUGGAAAAAAAUCUGAAGAGCUUGGGGCUUAUUAAUAAAUUGCCAACUUUUAUAAUGUGCAUACACGGGCUCAUUUUCUUCAUAUUCGAAAAUUAUUUCAUCCGAGAUAUAUGGUCAAGUGAUAAGACUCUAGCGAUGCAAAUCCUCAGUCAGGAAGUCAGCAACAUACAGUGCAUCAGCAAGGGAUUCUUCUUAGCGUUCGCCAUAGAGCGAAUGCAAAAUGUAUUUCAGGAGAUGCAGUAUCUUUGGAAAACUUACCGCCCCAGUCAGGAUAAUCGAAAAAAAAUUUUGCUAGGUGCACAUCAGACAUUUUCAUUUUGUAAAAUUUAUUUUUUCGUUCUACUCAGUUGUUCAAUUAGCUAUUUUCUCUGCCUCAUACCAUCUCUUUUCAAUUUAGCUCAGCAAUAUCGGAACCGAGAGGCGAACAACUACACGUAUGAUUUUUCCCAAAGACUCGGACUUGUGAAAUAUCCAUUUGAAAUACCCAACAUACCGACUUACCUUUUGAUAGUAUUCCAGGAAGCAUUUUAUCUAUUUUAUACUGCAGCUUUAUUUUGGGUUAGCGGUGAUACCUUGUUCGCCCAAUCUGUAACGCACAUUUGUUUGCAGUUCAAGAUUUUAAAAUAUGACAUCGACGCAACAUUUAAUCGUGAGGAUAUGAGGGAUCACUUGAGCCUGGUUACUAUUGUCAAGAGACACCGUGACCUUUUGAGAAUUUGUAAGUUAAUUGAAGAAGUUUUCAGUCCGAUCAUUCUUUCAAUUAUGCUAUUAUCAUCGCUGAAUUUGUGUGUAAAUGUUGUUGGAAUACGAGGGACGAUAGCAAAAGAAAACUAUCAAGAAACUGCGAUCAAUGUAACCAUCUUCAUGUUGACAUUUCUACAGAUUUUAUUUUAUUGUACUUUUGCUGAAAAAAUAAGUGAAGAGACCAGAUCACUGGCAGAUACAAUAUACAACUGUGAUUGGACAGUGAAGAACUACAAACUCAGAUUUUACAUCCAGCUGAUCAUCAUGAGAUGUCAAAAGCCCUUUUAUUGUACAGCGUAUGGAUUUUUUCCUAUUGGACAUUUGCAAUUAACAACAGUUCUAAAUACAGCUUUUUCAUACUAUAUGAUGCUACAAACUAUGAACUAA